AUGAUUAGAGGCAUUGGGUGUCUGGAGAUGAAGAGUCCUCGUCAGCAGUAAGGCUUUCAAGUUAUUGUCUCGUAUGGCAUUCAGAAGUCGGGAAGUCAAAGUGAUUCAAGCGACACAAUCCCCGGAUGCAUGUCCACAUCUAACUUACGUAGGUAUUUUAAAUGUUUAUACUUGCCUAUUAGAUGACACCUCCCCACGCGCCAGUACUAGAACGCCCCGGAGGAAGCGGCGGCGACAUGAUAGUCGUACGUCCGUCAAAGAGAAAAAGAAGAAACGACAGUACUGGAUGCUCUGUUCGCAACAACACAUAAUCACGCGACUAACUGACCUGUCAGACGUCUUGUAGCCGCCUCCACACCGCUGCCAGUUGAGAAGUGGCCGGCAUGGCAGCAAGUAAGUUCGCUGGCCGUCUACGACCGACUGUGCGCGGCGUUGACAGACGGGGAAUACAGACGUCGACUGGUAACUUAUUUACUAUACAUAUACACUUCGCAUCGAUAUGUUACUUGUCCGGGGCAGGUGGGGGGAAUACGUCAGCAUUUGCUGGUCGUAUUUUCUCCACAGUCUUCACGGAAGACGUGACGGAUUUUUCGACCUUCUAUGGGAAAGGAUCGGGAAGUAGAGCCUUCUUUGGGUCUCCAAUCUACAACCUGAUCCCCGGUAAGACUUAUAUUUUAUGUGCAUUAACCUUUUACCUCCCAGGGGUCUUCAAUAAAUGGGGUGCAAGUCAUGUGUCCGAUAGACAAAAGCUGGAGGACGCAUUUAAGAACGUCUUUAAACGGGCUCAAGACAGGCAACAACGCAGAUGCAAUAAAGCAUCGACGAGCGGCUUGCAGAACGGUAAUAAAUGCUUGAAGGAUUAAAUUGUGUGCUUAAUUAAUUUUAAUGUUGAACGUAAAAUCCAGUGCAUGUACUUACUGUUCUACGUUACCUUCCUUUCAGAUGCCCCGUUGGCUAAAGAUCCUGAUAGAACGCCGAAUUACGGAAACCGCAAAUAUCCAUGGGAGAUUUAA